AUGACCCUAGCCCCUUGCCGCGUCCACAUCCCAGACGGCCACCGCACACCGCACGCCGCCGCUGCUCGCGCCUCUCCCGCUCUCCUCUCCCGACAACAGCUCCGCUGCCGCACCCGCACGGAUCCUGCGUCUGCAUCCAUCCACCUCCGGCUCUCUGAAGGCACCAUGUCGACCAAGUACAAGAAAAAGGAGCUCAAAGUUAAUGACAACAUCGUUGCAACGGUACUCCAAGGAACUCAGGGAUGUGCAAACUUGGUGGCAAUACACAAUUUGGUCGCCAUCAGAUAUAGUUCAACUGUUGGGAAGCCAGGCCCAUGGACAGAAAGCUUUAUCAAGUCCGUCCUCCAUGACAUGCUACAACUAAGCAUUGAUAAAGUGGUUGACAUGCCAGACGCUGAUGCAAAGGAAGCUAAAAAGGCCCUUGCUAAUAUUCGUACUCAGUUCUCUUUGCAACCAUGCUUGAGUGCUCAUUUGGAUUUUGUGCAGAAUGGGUCAACCUUGCUUUGUCAGCUUUUGAAGUUACCUCUGCUUCACGGGUGGGUGAUAAAUCCGGAAGACAGUAGCUAUAAUUUUCUCAGAGACUUUUCUCAUAGUCAGUUGGUGGAUCACUAUUCGGAAGGCAAAGGUGACCAUGUGGAAGCCUGUAAAAGGUUAUUGGAUGAUUCAAGCAGUCAAUUGACUUCCUAUGGGUUUCAAUCUUUGUCUGAGGAGCUAUCUGACGAUGGAGCAGCACUUCUUUUUUGCCGCAACAGAUUAGAUGUUAUUCACAAACACAAUGGUGCUCUAUUUAUAUAUGUAGCUGACCAGGCCAUUUGCCAACAAAUGCCUCAAGCGGUUUGGAUGCUGUUUGAAGAGCGCCAAGAAAAAAACAUUUACUUAACUGACCAGUAUUCCCCUGUCAAAGGCCAACUGCACGAAGAUAAGGCUAGGGAAUGGUUUAGGGAAUUUCUUGUGAACCAGAGAAAAGGCAACAAACCAAAAGAAGACAAGGGGAAGGAGAAAAAUAAGUCAUCUCAACAAAGGCAGUCCGAUGAUGCAGCUCCUGAAAGUUCUGAACCAAGUGAAGCUACUGGAAAACAUGGAGAAGAUAAGUCUUCAGAUAAGAUGUCCUCAGAUGAUAAAAGGGCAGAAGCAGUGGGCUCCCAUCACAGUGAUGGUGGAGAAGUAGUGGUGUCUCAUCAAGACAGCAAGGUGAAGAAGUCACCUCAACAAGCACAGUCUGUUGAUGGGGCUGCUGAAAGUUCUGAAUCUAGUGCAACCACUGGAAUCUUUGAUGGGGCUGCUGAAAGUUCUGAAUCUAGUGCAACCAAUGGAAUCUUAACUACUGGAAAUGAAGCAGAAGUUAAGUCAGAUAAGCCGACACCAGAGGAUAAUCAAAGAGCAGAAGCAGUGGGCUCUCAUCACAUGAACAUUUCUGUAAGUCAAGAUGGUGUGCCUAAGGGUGAUGCUUCUGAUUUCUUGAACUUUCUCAAUGAGUUUAAAGACAAUGGUUGCUCUGCGCAUUACUUCGAAGGCACUGUGGCAGCCUUUGCUUCACAGAAGCCAUUGUUUUAUGUGCCAUACGAUUUUAUCAUGGCAUUUAAUGAACCAUUGGCACUGAAGAUCCAAGACAACUAUUCCGGGAUUUAUGAAGAUCUGAGGAAAGCCGUUGUUUUCUAUUUAUCAAAGAAAGGAGUGCAAUCCCCGGAUGCUGUAUUAAAAAUACUUGGUCGUCCUGAGGCUAAAAGUGGCAAGAACACCUGUGUUUCUGAUGUCAUUCCUUCAGGGGCAAGAACUGAUCCAGGGUGA